AACCGACGUGUCUUUAUUUAUUAAUCCGUCAAGUUAGAUUUUCAAUAGUUGCGUGUGGCGCCGACUGAAAGAAGAACAGUAAAAAUGACAAGGUCAGCAGUUUUACUGUGUUUUACUGCUUCUGUCUGUCUACUACAUGUAGUAACAGCGAGUGCAUUCGACCAAACUUAUCUGGAUGAUGAUGUAUGCCGUGCCCGAUGUAACGUAUCCAGUGUCAACUGUUGGCCUUCAGCGACGGCCAUCAGUAAUUUCAGAUCGUUGCUCAAUGGUACCGUGUAUGAUGCUACCGACCCAAGCUACAGUAAAACAUACGAGUUGAAGAACAAACGUAUUACUAAAGAACCUGCAUUGAUUGUCAACGCUACGUCAAGUGGUGACGUACAGAAAUCGGUUUUAUUUGCCCGGCAGUACAACUUGAAGAUAGCUGUACGAUCAUCAGGCCACUCGUAUGUUGGUCGAUCAACUGUAGAGGGGGGUGUCCUCAUUGAUCUGUACAACAUGAGAGAUAUACAAGUCAAUUUGACCUCUUCAAGAAAUACAGCAGGGGAGGUAACUGUGGAGAGUGGUAAUAACUGGGCUAGAGUUUACGAAGAGGUUGAUAAAUACGGUCACCGCGUUGUGGUAGGUGGAAGCGAUCACAAUGUAGGUAUGGGAGGAUAUACACAGGGUGGAGGUCACAGUCCGGUCUGUAGAAGUCUGGGAUUAGCUGUAGAUAAUCUACUUGAAGCCACGCUGGUUUCAGCUGAUGGAAGACUUGUUACUGUUUCUGCUGAUGGGACUAAAAUACAGGAGGCUAAUGGUACUGUAACAGAAAGUUCAGAUACAGAUCUGUUCUGGGCAUUAAGAGGUGGGGGAGGGGGUACAUGGGGAAUCGUAACGACCUUCACCUUUAAACUGCAUGACCCUCCACCUGGGAUGGUUGUGUUUAGUGCUUCCUACCCACUGAUUGUUCAUCAAGGAAUUCCAGGAAGUGAUGUCUUGAAAAAAAUCUUUAAAUACACCAUAAACAUGUCUCAAGGAUGGGGAGGAUACAUAUUAUUUAAUAAUUACCCAACAGAUUUAACUGGGAAGAAUUUUGGUAUAAUAACAAUUUACAUGAAUUACUAUGGAACGUGGAGUUCAGCUGUUCAGACCGAAUGGAAUGGGAUGAUAGCUAGUAUAAGUCAGACACCGCUAACUAACACAGUCACCAAUAAGACCAGUUUUUGGGAUUAUGAGAAGGAUGUAGCACCAGAUACCAGUGAUGGGAGAGUGUAUGUGUUUAAUACCCUGACACAGGAUGAUAGUGAUUAUGAUGGUAUGGUGGAUACAUUAAUGACACAGUCCAUAUCUGGUCCAGCUGAAGUUCUACAUGGCUGUACAUCAAGUCUUAUUGGAGGUGUUAUUAGAAACAAUCCACAAGAAGUUACAUCAAUAACACCAUAUUUCAGAAGUGGCCUACAUUCUCUUUCAUGCUAUUUAUUCUGGUCUGAUGCCAGUAAAGAUGCCGAGGCAACUAAGGCAGCCAUUAAAUAUGGCGAUCAACUGAAACAAUAUGGAAAAGGAAUCUAUUUUAACGAACCAACACAAGAUAUCAACGACUGGAAGGAACAAUUCUGGGGACCAAAUUAUGCGCGGUUAUUGGCUAUUAAGAAGAAAUGGGAUCCUGAGAAUUUGUUUACGUGUCAACAUUGUGUUGGUUGUGAUGAAGAUUGUGAAAGUUGUCACAAGCCUGUUUCUUUGGAUUCGGCUCAAUCUAUUAUCAUCAACUGGCUCGUGAUGAUGAUUUCAUUAUUACCCAUAUUUAAUAUAUUUUAACUAUUAUCAUCAGUUGGUUUGUGAUGAUGCUUUCAUUAUUCAACAUAUUUAAUCUAUCUUAACAACGCUUUUUAUACGCCCACAUUUUCAUGUGGACGUAUAUUGUCGUCGCCCCUGUCCGUCGGGACGUCCGUCUGUCCGUCCACAAUUGUUUGUGAACAGUCUACAGGUCACAAUUUUUAUCCGAUUUCAACGAAACUUGAAAUAUAGGUUUAUCACCCUAAGAUCUCGGUUCCUUUCGAUAUUGGCAUGUAUCGGACUGUAACUUCAUGGAUUAUAGCCCCUGAUUGUACGAAAAAUCACGUUUUUAGCUUGUGAACACUGUAGAGGUCACAAUUUUUAUCCAAUUUGGUUUAAACUUGAAAUGUAUGCUUAUAACCCAAAGAUCUCAGUUCCUUUCGAUAUUCGCGCACAUCGGAACGUAACUUCCUGAAUUAUGGCCCCUGAUUGUACGAAAAAUCACGUUUUUAGCUUGUGGACCCUACAGAGGUCAUAAUUUUUAUCCGAUUUAAAAAAACGUAUUAUUAUAUCACCGUUACACCCCAAGGACGACUGAGUUCGAAUUUCGUGAAAAUCUGACCAAAACUGACAGACAAAAUGGCCGCCCUUCGUUCUCAAAUAGCGUAAAAAUAUGGUAUAUCAAGGUUAUGGACCCUAUAGAGGUCACAAUUUUUAUCCGAUUUUGUUGAAACUUGAAAUGUAAGUUUAUAACCCAAAGAUCUCGGUUCCUUUCGAUAUUUGCACAUAUCGAAUUGUAAUUUCCUGAAUUAUGGCCCUUGAUUGUAGGAAAUAUCACUUUCUUUUUAGCUUGUUCUCUAUUCAUCUCUUGAAAAUGUGGGCGUAUCCUGCCUGGCAGCCGCUGGUUUUAAUGUCUCUGGCAAUCAGAUUAAAAUACAGAUCUAUAUUUCGUUUCGUUUUUUUUUGUCCCCCGCCUUUCGAAGAAAGCAGGGGACUAUUAAAAUGGGUUCGUCCGUCUGUCCGUCCGUCUGUCUGUCCGUCUGUCUGUCCGUCACACUUUUUGGGACACAAUAACUCUCUUCCUAAUUGAGCUAGAAUGUUCAAACUUGGUGUAUGUGUUUAUUAGGUCAAUGCCUUGAUGGAGUUCGAAGAUGAGCAUUUUCCGCUUAGGGUAAGCAGAGAUAAGCAAUUUGAUUGGUUGAUGCUUUGGGACACGAUAACUCUCUUCCUAAUUGGGCUAGAAUGUUCAAACUUGGUGUAUGUGUUGAUUAGGUCAAUGCCUUGAUGGAGUUCGAAGAUGAGCAUUUUCCGCUUAGGGUAAGCAGAGAUAAGCAAUUUGAUUGGUUGAUGCUUUGGGACACGAUAACUUUUAAUUGAGCUAGAAUGUUCAAACUUGGUGUAUGUGUUUAUUAGGUCAAUGCCUUGAUGGAGUUCGAAGAUGAGCAUUUUCCGCUUAGGGUAAGCAGAGAUAAGCAAUUUGAUUGGUUGAUACUUUGGGGCACGAUAACUCUCUUCCUAAUUGAGCUAGAAUGUUCAAACUUGGUGUAUGUGUUGAUUAGGUCAAUGCCUUGAUGGAGUUCGAAGAUGAGCAUUUUCCGCUUAGGGUAAGCAGAGAUAAGCAAUUUGAUUGGUUGAUGCUUUGGGACACGAUAACUUUAGUUCUAAUUAAGUGAGAUUGAUGAAACUUGGUGUAUAGUUUCAUUACAGUAAUACCUUGUUAUCUAAAUUAUCCCCCUUUGGUGAUACAGUUUUUAGCAUAUAAACUAGAUAAUAAUUAUUCGGUUGACACACAAUCAACGGCAUAGAAUACACGAUGGCACAAGCUAUAAUAAUUAUUGAUAUAAAAUAUUAUUUUAUCGCAAUUUAGCUGAUAUAUAACUGGAUAGCCCUCAUAAAUAAGUAGUGGAAGGAGGGAAUCGAUUUUCAUAUUCCGUUUUCCUGCAAAUGUUAUUUAACUUCUUUAUUAUAUAAUAUUUGUAUUUUUGUCCCCCGCCUUUCGAAGAAAGCAGGGGACUAUUAAAAUCGGUGUGUCUGUCCGUCCGUCACACUUUUUGGGACACAAUAACUCUCUCUAACUGAGCCAGAAUGUUCAAACUUGGUGUAGGUGUUUAUUAGGUCAAUGCCUUGAUGGAGUUCAAAGAUGAGCAUUUUCUGCUUAGUGUAAGCAGAGAUAAGCAAUUUGAUUGGUUGAUGCUUUGGGACACGAUAACUUUAGUUCUAAUUAAGUGAGAGUGAUGAAACUUGGUGUAUAGCUUCAUUACAUCAAUACCUUGACUAAGUUCGAUAAUGAGCAUUUUCUGCUUAGGGUAAGCAGAGCGAUAAGCAAUUUGAUUGGCCGAGACUUUGGAACACAAUAACUCCCCUUCUAAUUGAGGUAGAAUGUUCAAACUUGGUGUAGGUGUUAAUUAGGUCAAUGUCUUGAUGGAGUUCGAACAUGAGCAUUUUGUGCUUAGGUUAAGCAGAGAUAAGCAAUUUGAUUGGUCAAGAUUUUGGAACACAAUAACUCUCAUUCUAGUUGAGUUAGAAUGUUCACACUUGGCGUAGGUGUCUGAUAGGUGAAUGCCUUGAUGGAGAUUGAAGAUGAGAAUUUUCUGCUUAGGGUAAGCAGGGAUAAGCAAUUUGAUUGGUUGAUGCUUUGGGACACGAUAACUUUAGUUAGAAUUAAGUGAGAGUGAGGACACUUGGUGUAUAGCUUUAUUACAUCAAUACCUUGACUUAGUUCGAUAAUGAAUAUUCUCUGCUGUCAUGUCAUGGCUGAGUUCAAUGAUUUACAUUAGUCGAUGCUUUGGGACAAGAUAACUUUGAUUCUAUCUGAUGGAGAGUGCUGAAACUUAGUGUAUAGUUUGAUUGCUCGAUACUUUUGAAAAAAAUAAAUGUGCAAUUAAUAAAUGUGUGUCAUCUAUUUAUUUUUGGAUUUCGGCGGGGGACAUCAGCCUCACUGUUGGCUUGUUUACUUUUGAUUACAUGAAGAUCUGACUGGUUUUAGUGGAAGACGAGCUGCUUUUGACCCUAUGAGGUCAGACAUUUGAUUAUUGAAAUAAAAUUGAACCGUAUGUUAGUCCCGAAAUGACCUAGUUUGUGUUGAGUGUAGUUAAACUCUCUCUCUCUCUCUCUCUCUUUAAUCCAGUUGAAUUCAAACCAUGAGAAUACAUCGAUCUACUAUUGAUAUUUUAUUGUCUUCAUUAAAGACAAAAUAAGCAUGGAUUAAUGAGGAAUUAGGGGAGAUUAUAUAAAGAGUUGACAGUUCACCCUAUAAUAAUUAAAAUAUAGAUAAUUUCAGUCAAAUUGCUCCGCUCUGAACCAAGAUAUUAGCUUUUGAAUUUUACGCUAGCCUCGAUCAACAUUACCAAGGUCGGUACGAUAAAAAACAAAGUCUUCAUUAUCCAUUUUUACCUUUAAUUAUUUUUCGAAAAAUGUAUUCCAAUCCGCUAAAUAUCGCAGUCUAGCGAUGGCAUCGAGAGUUGAUUAUGGUCUGCUUACGUUAAUUAAUGUCUCUUUUAUAAUUUAGAUAAAAUUUCAGGCCUAAAGAAAGACCUGCAAGAUUUAUCUUUUGCAUAAUGUAUGUUUAAGUCGUGAAAAACUAGAUAUUGUCCGAAAAAAUGCAAAUUAAU